GUCGCCAUGUCCUCGGUGUUCGGGAAACCCCGCGUGGGCAGCGGGUCGCAGAGCGCGCCUCUCGAGGUCAACCUGGCCAUCCUGGGACGCCGCGGGGCUGGCAAGUCCGCUCUGACCGUGAAGUUUCUGACCAGGAGGUUUAUCAGCGAAUAUGACCCCAAUUUGGAGGACACCUACAGCUCCGAAGAGACAGUGGACCACCAGCCUGUCCACCUGAGGGUUAUGGAUACUGCAGACCCGGUAACAGUACCCCCAUUACCCCUGGAGAGCUGAGAGUCCAUGCAGCCUCCUGGGAAGUCCUGGUCCCAGAGUGGAUGCCUCAGAUGGGAAUGUGUAAACUUUUUAAGCUCUAGUUUGCUGUGUGACCCUGAAUGAGGUGCUGACCUCUCCAUUCCGGAAUCUCUUCGUUUGCCAAGUGAGAAGGGAUGGGAUGGGGCCUGGGGAGACCUGAUGGUUGCUGGCAUCAACUCAGAGAUCCUCUCAUCUGGGACUUGAUGCUCACAUACACAUGGAGACAGGAUACCCCCAGGAACUGUGAGCGCUACCUGAACUGGGCCCACGCCUUCCUGGUGGUAUACAGCAUGGACAGCCGCCAGAGUUUUGAGGACAGCAGCAGCUACCUGGAGCUGCUUGCUUUGCACGCCAAGGAGACACAGCGCAGCUCCCCUGCCCUCUUGCUGGGCAACAAGCUGGACAUGGCCCAGUACAGGCAGGUCACCAAGGCAGAGGGUGCAGCCUUGGCUGGCAAGUUUGGGUGCCUGUUUUUCGAGGUCUCUGCCUGCCUAGACUUUGAGCAUGUGCAACAUGUCUUCCACGAGGCCGUGCGGGAGGCACGGCGGGAACUGGAGAAGAAUUCCCUGCCCCGGCCCCUCUUCAUCUCCGAGGAGAGGGCCCUGCCACACCAGGCUCCGCUCACUGCCCGGCAUGGGCUGGCCAGCUGUACCUUCAACACACUUUCCACUGUCAGUCUGAAGGAGAUACCUGCCGUGGCCCAGGCCAAGCUGGUCACUGUGAAGGCAUCCCGGGCCCAGAGCAAGCGCAAGGCACCUACCCUGACCCUGUUGAAGGGCUUCAAGAUCUUCUGAGGGCACCCCUAAGGAUCCCAGACUUAGGGGCUGUGCAGGGCUGCAGGAUAGGGGCUGACUUCUCACCACUGGCUUUCCUUCUGAUGGAACAAUAGCCCUCGCCCUCUGGCGGACAGUUGAUCCCUCUUCCAGCACCAAGUAAUUUCCCUGACACCCAGUUUACUGUGUGAGCUGGAGGGACAGGCAGAAUGCUGCUCUUAGUCCCUCCAGGCCUUGGUUUCCAUGGUAACCACUGCCGUUCCCCCACCCUGAAGGGAAGUAGCCACAAGACAACACGGAGACCUAGGUCUGGCUGAAGUGGAAGGAAAUUGCAGUGUCCAUCAUGGUGCCAUCACCCCUUCCUGCUCCAGCAACAGCCAGGCCAGAUGUGGCCCCUAGUGGACAGCUCUGGAUGGAUGGUCACCACCAGUAGGCCCUGCGUACAAGGAGGCCGGAGAACAUUCUACAGGAGCAGACUUGAAGUCCUGGCACCACCUAGUGGACGGAAAGGGCAGAGCGGCUACAAGUUUUGGGUGGCCUGAGCCUGGCCCUCCUGUUGUCUUCUGAUUUCACAGAAGCCCCAAGCACCAAACCCCACAGUUAAUCCAAGUAAAAUCUAGUUUAAAUAA